UUAUAUAACAAAUACAUAUUAUAUUAUUGGUAAGCUAAGAGAGUUAUACAAUUUACUGUGUGUAAUGUCAUUUGUCAUGGAAUGAAGUUCGCUAUGCUAAGCUAUAGUCUGCACAACUUGGACUUUUGCUAAACUAGAGAGCCUACAGAACAUAUGCCUCGAUUGAAUUCGACACGUUUGGUACGAUUAGUCGUAGUACUUAUUGGUUUAUCUGCGAUUGGUCUCAUCUUUAAACAGUCCAAGAACACUUUGCCGCAUAUAGAAGAUUUGCUGCAGUCAACAAUACAACCAAAGCAUGGAAAGAACAUUUUCUUUGUGGAAACCAAUUGCAGUUGGCAUGAGCACUCGAAAGCUUUUAGAUUGUUAAACUUAACUGUACGACAGGCCUGUGCUGUGGAGUCGGCAGCUCUACACAAUCCGAGCUUCCAGGUGUUUGUGCUGUUUGCUUGCUCCACAUAUAGAGAAGCAGCGCUGCCAGCGCCUAUUAAAGCUACUCUGGGCUAUAAGAAUGUUCAGCUGCGUCAGCUGCAAUUGUUGGAAUAUGUUAAGGAUACUCCUGUGGAGCAAUGGUUCCAAUCCGGUGCGAUUUAUAAUUCCAGUUAUAUUAUAAUACACAUGUCGGAUUUUCUGCGCCUUGUAACUCUCUAUCGUUAUGGUGGCCUUUAUGUGGACACGGAUGUGGUGGUGCUGCGCAGUCUGGAGCAUGUGCCUCCCAACUUUGCGGCGCUUGAGUCUGAUGCAUUCGUGGCCAACGGUGUUUUGAGCUUGGCCCAAACUGGCAUUGGUCAUAGCAUAGCCGAAUCCUGUCUACGCGACUUUCAACAGAAUUUCAAUGGCAGUGCCUGGGCUCAGCAGGGACCGCUGUUAGUCACACGCGUGAUGCACAGAAUUUGUAACACCACCGACUUAAAAUCCUUGGUGAACAAUCGUGCGGAUUGCCAGAGCUUUAGAGUGUUUGAUUCCAAGGCGUUCUAUGCCGUAAACGGCGAUUUAUGGCGUAAUUUUUUCGAGCCUUCUGAGUUGGAGCCUACCCUGGAGCUAACCAAAUCCUCGUAUAUGGUGCAUUUAUGGAAUAAUUCAUCCAAAGCUCUUUACGUGUCCGUGGGCUCAAAGAGUCCUUACGAUGUGUAUGCUAAAAAACAUUGCCCCAAGGUCUAUGCAACAGCUGGAAAAUAUUUUUAAUUUAACUAAAUUUGAACAAUUAAAUAAAAUAAUUAUAG